CACGAGUACAAAUUUUCAAAAGCAGGAACCAUUACUGCAACUUCCCCUUUCUUUUCUCCAUACAAAAGCAGUGUCUCACAAGAGGACUCGCAUGCGAAACGCGGCACCUGCCCCCAACACACCAGCGCGCUUGAUUUGACGCAGCGAUAAAAUUAUCAAAAAACAAAAAGGAAAGCAGAAAAAAGCAGUGAAGUGAACGCUCGAGACACUUGCGAUAAGCAAAUCGACGCGACGAGCUGACGAUCUAUCAAUUUGCUGAUUUAGAGCCACGUUAGCCAAUGAACUGGCAGUUGAGCGCGUAAGGCAAAGCCUAGCAGAACGCAACGUAUUGUCGAGAGAAAGCAGCCAUUCCAAGAAGCUGUCUAUACUAAGUGUGACACGUGUGUGCGAAAGCAAAGCGUUUCGGUUUGGAUUUUGCUCAGAAAACUGUACAAUUUUUAUGUUGAAGUGAAAGUGUUUAAAAAUGGAUCCCAAUACGACGCAUAGCGAUCUGUAUGAUUUGCCGCAUGACCAGCCACAUGCAGAGUCGCAUAUUACAUUCGCCAACGAUUAUGAAAAAGAAAAGGAAGAGUCUACACUCGAUGACAUACUUAUACGCAUUGGACAAUUGGGUCCAUUUCAACUAAUUAUAUUGCUAUUGAUUUGCUUGGCGAUGUUGUUUAGCGCGAUAUUUUCGAUUACAUAUGUAUUUACGGCGAGUAGUGUAGUGCACAGAUGUAAAAUUCCUGAAUGCGAUAGCGCUUCAAGCAAUUACGAGGAGAACUGGACCCAAUUUAGCAUUCCCACGAAAAAUAAUGGUUUGGAUCAAUGUAAUCGUUUUGUGGGUAAUUAUACACAGAAUCAAGUGUCACAAAAUGAGUCACUCGGGUUCUGUUAUGCGCAUAAUUUUGACAGCAACAAGAAGGAGCGCUGUUCGGACAACAAUUUCAUAUAUCGUGAUAAGGAAGUAACUAUAGCAAAUGAGUUCAAUAUUUACUGCGAGGAUGAAUGGAAAUUGACGCUGGUGGGCACAAUAGGCAACGUGGGACAAUUUGUCGGCAUACCAUUGGGUGGUUUUAUAUCCGAUCGCUAUGGUCGACGCACCGCGCUCGCUUAUGGUGGUUUCUUUAGCGCACUAUUGGGUUUACUGCGCUCGUUUGCGCCCAGCUACGCGUCGUUUCUAAUUUUCGAAUUUCUCGAUAACAUCGCGUCGAGUCCUAUGUACUCUGUUUGCUUCAUUUUAGGCAUUGAAUUAGUCGGUCCGAAACGUCGUGUUAUGGCUUGCAGUCUUAUUACCAUUUUCUAUGCCAUCGGCGAGGUAGCACUUGGACUUGUGGCAAAAUAUUAUCAAAAUUGGCGUGUCAUUUUACGUAUUGUUUACAUACCGGCCGUAGUAUUUAUCACAUAUAUUUGGAUACUACCGGAGAGCAUACGUUGGCUGUUGAGUCAGGCUAAGGAGGAGGAUGCCAAGAACAUAUUGCAACGUGCUGCGAGAAUGAAUAAACGCAAACUUUCCACAGGUUCGCUGGAUAAAUUGAUUUUGGCGAAUCGCGUGAAAUUGGCUACGGCGACAGGUGGUCGUUUCCCAAUUAAAGAAUCUUUUAAAAAACUAACAUGGCGCAUAAUAAAUUGCUCCUUCUGUUGGAUUAUCGUUGUGCUCGUCUAUUAUGGCAUCAGUUUGAAUGCGGUGCUUUUGGAUGGCGAUAAAUACAACAAUUUCAUAUUUAUUGCGCUUAUCGAGAUACCUGGCUUUUUUCUGCCACUGGCUAUCAUGCCUCGCUUUGGUAGAAGGUACUCACUGUGCGGCACAAUGCUGUUGAGUGGCUUGUGCUGUUUGAUAACGACUUUUCUACCGUCUGAUCAGUUCGUUUGGCGUUUAAUACUGUUUCUAAUUGGCAAGCUGAUGAUUACGGCAGCUUUUCAAGUGUUGUACUUUUUCACAUCGGAAAUCUUUCCGACAAAUGUACGGAAUAGUUUGCUUUCGUUCUGUUCGAUGGUGGGUCGUGUGGGCUCCAUGUUAGCGCCACAAACGCCGCUGUUGGCGAAGUACGAUGAAAGCGCUCCCGCCAUUUUAUUUGCGAUUUGUGCGAUUACAAGCGGAGUUUUGUCGCUUUUCUUUCCGGAAACGACAGAUGUUAUAUUGCCAACAACAGUGCAUGAUGCACACAUCAUAGGCGCAAAGGCCUCUAAAAAUAAAACUGAAGUGAAUGCUAGUGAGAACUCAAUUCAAUUUCACUACUCAAUUGGAAAUAUGCAAUCCAACAGCGGUUCUGUGACACAAAGCAUUGAAUCAUUGCCUGCCACCAACAGCAGCAAGGAGGAAUCUACUUUAGAUGCCAUACUCAUACGUUUAGGGGAAUUUGGGCGCUUUCAGAUCGUUAUACUUGUGCUAACUUGCCUGCCAGUUCUAUUUAAUGCCGUAUCGUCGGUCACAUAUAUUUUCACAGCUGGAAAUGUGGCGCACAGGUGCAAUCUCACGGAAUGCGACGGACCACAGAGUGCUUACGAUGAGCCAUGGGUUAAAUAUGCCAUACCAUUAAAGGGUCGUGAUCUAGAUCAGUGUCAACGAUACGCGCACAUAGUAAUUACAAACUGGACCAUUACAAGUGAAGAUGAACAACAUUGUACGGCAGAUUUAUUUGAUGACAAGAAGACGCAGAACUGUCCUGACAAUAAUUUCAUAUUUCGCGAUGAAGAAGUGACCAUAUCGAAUGAAUUCGGCAUCUACUGUAAUGAUGAGUGGAAGCUGACGCUCACCGGUACCAUUAAUAAUGUAGGACAAUUUGUCGGUAUACCAUUAGGUGGUUUGAUAUCGGAUAAAUACGGUCGUCGUAAUGCACUCGCGUUUGGUGGCGUACUAAGCGCCUUAUUUGGGAUUAUGCGCUCGUUUACUACCUCCUAUGUGCCAUUUCUGGUCUUCGAGUUCCUCGACAACGUCGCCAAUAGCUCACUCUAUUCCAUUUGCUUUAUUAUUGGCAUUGAGCUGGUGGGUCCCAGCAAGCGCGUAUUUGCCUGCAGUGUAAUUACGAUCUUCUACGCUAUCGGCGAAAUACUCUUAGCCGUGGUCUCUAUGUACUUUCCGAAUUGGCGUAUUAUGCUACGUAUAUUUUACAUACCGGCAUUGGCUAUGAUCUCCUAUUACUGGGUACUGCCGGAGAGCGUGCGUUGGCUGUUAAGUCAGGAACGUGAAACCGAAGCUACCGACAUACUGAAGCGUGUGGCGCAAAAAAAUAAACGUAGACUUUCCGAUCCAACGUUAGAGAAAUUGAUUUUGGCUAAUCGUGAGAAGCUAAACAGUCAAAGCGGUGGUCGUUUCCCUUUGCGUGAGGCUUUCGGCAAAUUAUUCUUUCGUAUUGCAAACUGUUCGCUUUCUUGGGUAGUGACGGUGCUGGUCUACUAUGGUCUCAGUUUGAACGCGGUGCUAUUGGGCGGUAAUAAAUAUUACAAUUUCAUAUUGAUUGCGCUUGUGGAAAUUCCCGGUUUUUUCAUACCCUGUCUGACGAUGGAUCGAUAUGGUCGACGAUAUUCGCUAUGCGGUUUUAUGUUACUCAGUGGUAUAUGCUGUCUGUGUACGGUGUUUGUGGAUUCAGAAAAAUAUUAUCUACAGUUGAGCUUGUUUCUAGUGGGUAAGCUUGCAAUCACCGCAGCGUUCCAAGUUUUAUACUUUUUCACUUCGGAAAUAUUUCCAACGAACUUGCGCAACAGUUUGAUGUCUUUUUGCUCGAUGGUCGGCCGUUUCGGUUCAAUGGUAGCGCCACAGACGCCUUUGUUGAUAUCAUUUCUUGUCUCUUUUCAGGCUAAAUAUUAUGAGAAUGCACCAGCCAUAAUAUUUGCAGUUUGCGCUCUGGUCAGUGGUUGUUUGGCGCUGCUCUUUCCAGAAACCUCAAAUACAAUAUUACCGACGACAGUGCACGAGGCGGAUAAAAUUGGCAAUAGGAAAUCGUCGGACAACCCAAACAGCAGCAAAUUUAAUUUAGAUAAUGAAAGUACUUAUAUGUAAUUAGUUAUUUAAAAAGUGUAUUAAAUUAGUAGUUUUAGAAUAAAAAUGAAAUUGUAUGAUAUAGGAAAUAAAAUAAAAUUUUUAACUAAUAUUGUUGACAAUAGACUCGUUAAAAUAAAAAAGACAUAGACAUAAAUAGACAUUUAAGACGAUGCCUUAAUUGAGUCAAUAAGGAAAUUAACUAAAUUAAUAGGAAUAAUGAAAUUUAGUUAAUUGACUCAAGUAAAGUGACUAACACGCGAAAAACAGUCAAGUCAAACAUGUGAUUUUUGAAAGAUAAAUCUGGUAACAGGAUGCAACAUUUUUUUUAAGUUUUAUUAUAAAAAACAUUAAAAAUUACUUACAAAGUUAUUUAGCAGAUAUUUACAACAUCAAACACCCAACAUAAUAUAUAUAUUUGCACUAAUGACUAUGACAUAUUUUAAGCAAUAACUUGUAAGAAAUCUAUGGUUAUUAACAUAUAUACAUAGUACAUACAUAUUUCACUUUAAAUUUAUCAUGACUUAUAGUAUAACGAAAUUUAUAAAGCCGUUAACUUACUAAGGCAGCAUUAGACAGAAGACAAUACAACUACUUCACUUUAUGAAUUAAGCAUUAAUCUGUUAAUAUACUUACUAGACUACACAAUAAACAAUAUUUUUUAACUAAAAUUAGACCGAGAAAUUUGCUCACAAAGGUCCCCCAUUUUAUAGGUCACACAAAGCUUGCGCUGCUUAUCCAAGUGCUUAAAGAGUAACAUAUUUUAAUUUAUGUCAAAAUUGAAAUUUGUAUCAAUUCAAUUAUACAUACUUGCUGACCCAAUUCGAAAACCAGACAUGUGCCUCGAAAAACAUUAUCUUUGGUACUGAGCUUAUGCUGCACCAAAUACACGCGUUCUGCGGUCAAGGAAGUUAUUUUAAGCAAUGCCGGCUGCAUUGAGUAGUGUUAACUGUAACUGUAAUUUUUAGCAUGUGAAUUUUUUACCGCUUGAAAACGCAGUGAAAGUCUUUAAAUUGAAAAGUGCAUAUUUUCUAAACACUGCAUUGUGCAGACCGGCAUUUGUCGAUAACCUCUAGGUUAUUUAGCUUAAUACUAAAUUAUAUAUAAUGUAUUGUACGUGUUUCCGUCCAUCAUAGGCAAAGUUCAGGUGAUGUUGUGCCAGUUUUUUUUAACAAAAAUUUAAAUUAAAAACAAAAUAACUUUUAGUGAUAAGAUUUGUAUGUGACUCG